GCUGGAGUGGCCAAACCCCUCGUCUAAAUUGUUCCCCACCAAAACCCUAGAAUCCCCUAAUCCAAUCCCCACCGGUUCCCCACGUCUGCCGAUGGGGCUCUUCUCGUGGUGGAGGGGCUCCCGCCGCGGCUCGCCGGAGCAGGCCCCGAACCAGCAGCCGGCGAAGGGAGCGGGAGGCGCGCAGGCCCAGGUGGCCGUCCCCGGCACCCAUGGGGCGGUGGAGGUGCUGCGGCAGCGGCAGCCGGACGCGACGGUCUUCGAGUUCGGGUCGGCGGCGGAGUCCGGCACCGCCGUCACGCUCGCAGGGUACUGCCCCGUCUCCGACGAGCUCGAGCCGUGCCGCUGGGAGCUGGUGCCCGCCACCGGCGAGGGCGCACCGCAGUUCCGCAUCGUGUUCUGAGCACGAGGAGAUAACCACCCCUAUGCUGCCGUCGCGGUAUCUAUCUUGGGUGUUGCCAGGUUUCGUAGGUGCAAAGGUGUGAUCAUUGGGUGUAUACUGCUGCUUGUGAAUUUCUUGAAAUAAAACUUGAGAUGUGGAUGAGUCCUUGUGGAGGGUAACAUGUGCUGGUUGGAAUGCUGGGCUUUCUGUCAGUUUGUGAUGAACAAAUUAGCCAAUUUCGGCAGCUCUUUAUAAGAUUUAUCAAAUUAGCUUA